GGCACUCGGUUCUCCUGCCGCGGCUCUAUUGCUCCGCGAAGCCGGGGGAGAGGAGAAGAAAACCCCGGAGCUCAGCCAUGGAGUGUUGAGGACGAGCUCCACCGUCGGAAGAUCAUUUACCACCGCCAUAUAUAUGACCAAAGAAACGAGACCGGCAACGAGCAACGCAGGCGUAACAAUCAUGCAAUUUAAGUACCGACGAAUUUGAGCAGAACCGCUUCUUCUUCAAGGUUACACCGCUUGAAGACGCCCCGGCAUCGUCCCCACCACAUCCCCGUCACCUUACCAGACGACUGUAUCGACCAUGUCCGUGGAGGAGCUGGGAUACCCCGACGCUAUGCUGCUGCUGGAAGCCGGGCCGGAGUGGAUGCGGGCCGAGAUCGAGCGUCUCGCCCGAGAGCUGAGUGAGACCACGAGCGAGAAGAUACAGGCGGCGGAGUACGGGCUGGCGGUGCUGGAGGAGAAGCAGCAGCUCAAACAGCAGUACGACGACAUGGAGAUGGAGUAUGAGGCCGUGAGGCAGGAGCUGGACCUGCUCAAACAGGCCUUUGGACAAGCCUACUCCAACCACAGGAAGGUGGCAGCCGACGGGGAGAGUCGUGAGGAGUCUCUGAUUCAGGAGUCGGCCUGUAAGGAGGCCUACUAUGAGCAGAGGGUCCUGGAGCUGCAGAACGAACUGCGCCAGGCUCGCAACAUCCUCGCCAACACCCGGUCGGAGAACGAACGUCUGAACUCCAUCUCCCAAGAGUUGAAAGAGAACAGCCAGAUGGUGGAGCUCCAGAGGAACCAGCUACGCGACGACAUCAAGGAGUACAAGUUCCGGGAGGCUCGUCUCCUGCAGGACUACACCGAGCUGGAGGAGGAGAACAUCUCGCUGCAGAAGCAGGUCUCCGUGCUCAAACAGAGCCAGGUGGAGUUUGAGGGUUUGAAGCACGAGAUCCGUCGUCUGGAAGAGGACACUCAGUUCCUCAACAGCCAGCUGGAGGAUGCCAUCCGCCUGAAAGAGAUUGCCGAGCGUCAACUCGGCGAGGCCCUGGAGACCAUCAAGACGGAGCGCGAGCUGAAAGCCUCCCUGAGGAAAGAGCUGUCCCACUACAUGAGCAUCGGAGACACUCUGUAUAACAGCCCGCUGAGCAUCUCCCUGGACGGUCUCAAGUUCAGUGACGACGCCGGCACCGAACCGAACAACGACGAGGCUCUCCAGGGAUACGAGAGCGGCUUCGCCAAACUGGCCAACGCCAUCGCCGACGACAACCGCGUCUCCACGCCGAUGAAGGAAGGCUUGUUCUUCCCCGUGCCCAGCCUCGUGGACGACCUGCUCAGCGAACUUAACAUCUCAGAGAUCCAGAAGCUCAAACAGCAGCUGAUACAGAUGGAGCGAGAGAAGGUCAACCUGCUGUCCACCCUGCAGGAUUCCCAAAAACAGCUCGAGCAGGCGCACGGCGCUCUGUCAGAGCAUCAGGAGAAGGUCAGCCGUCUCACAGAGAACCUCAACGCCAUCCGCAAGCUCCAGGCCAGCAAGGAGCGCCAGUCCGCCUUGGACAACGAGAAAGAGCGCGACAGCCACGAGGACGGAGACUACUAUGAGGUGGACAUCAACGGACCUGAGAUCCUGGAGUGCAAGUACAAGGUGGCUGUGUCCGAGGCAGGAGAGCUGAAGGAGGAACUGAAGACUCUGAAAACAGAAUAUCAGGCUUGUCAGUCACGCUACGAAGAGGAGCGCACCCGUCUGGAGAGCGAUGUCACAACACUGGGAGAGAAGCUGGCAACUUUGGAGAAAACCAGUCAGGUGGAGAGAGCGGAGAAGACCAAGCUAGAGAAGGAGCUGCGCAAGCUGAGCGACGUUGCAGGCGAGUCCCAGGGUAGCCUGAGCGUGGCUCAAGAUGAGCUAGUCACCUUCAGCGAAGAACUGGCCACGCUCUACAACCACGUCUGCAUGUGCAACAACGAGACCCCCAACCGCGUCAUGCUCGACUUCUACAAGGAAGGUAAAGGUGGACGUAGCAGCCCAGAGGGACGUGGCCGUCGCUCUCCCAUCCUGCUUACCAAGGGCCUGUUCCCUGAGCCUGUUAAGAGCGACCCCGGCGACGGGGGCCCCUCGCUGCCCUCUCCUGUGUCUGACCACCGCCGCGAGCCCAUGAACAUCUACAACCUGGUGGCCAUCAUCAGAGACCAGAUCAAGCACCUUCAGCUUGCUGUGGACCGCACCACCGAGCUGUCGCGCCAGAGGGUGGCCUCUCUGGAGCUCGGCACCGUGGCGGACAAGGACAAGGAAGCCUGCAUGGAGGAGAUCCUCAAAUUAAAAUCCCUGCUCAGCACCAAGAGGGAGCAGAUUGCAACGCUGAGGACCGUCCUCAAGGCCAACAAGCAGACUGCUGAAGUUGCUCUGGCCAAUCUGAAGAGCAAGUACGAGAACGAGAAGGCCAUGGUGACGGAGACCAUGAUGAAGCUGAGGAACGAGCUCAAAGCCCUGAAGGAGGAUGCAGCCACGUUUUCUUCUCUGCGAGCUAUGUUCGCCACACGUUGUGACGAGUACGUGACUCAGCUGGAUGAGAUGCAGAGGCAGCUCGCCGCCGCCGAGGACGAGAAGAAGACCCUCAACUCGCUGCUGCGCAUGGCCAUCCAGCAGAAACUGGCCCUGACGCAGCGCCUGGAGGACCUGGAGUUCGACCACGAGCAGACCCGCCGCGGGGGCACCGGCACUCGGGCCAAGGCCCGCAGCAGGGCAGCUGGCAGCAGCAGCAGCAGCAGCAUCAGCAGCAGCAUCACCGCCGCCUCCACCACCAACCCCAACGUAAGUCAGAGUCUCACCUGCUCUGGCUCUGGCCGACCAGAGCUCAACAACGCCGUGCCUAACGCCAUUCUGGGAGGCCCCGUUGUGUUUUGCAGCGAAAAGUACAAGAUCUACUGCGACUGAGGUGGCUUGGGAAGUCUGCAAGGGACCCCUGUGUACAGAGGGGAGGGGCGGGCGCCCCCCUCCCUGUCUUAGUGUUAAUGAGCCCCACUCGCUCACUCGCUUAGCUCCCUGACCAGCCUGCGCUCUAACCGGCUGCUUGUGUGUGUGCUCGUGUAAACGCUUCGGGGUUGUGUACAGUGUGCUCUAGACGUUUGGACUGUAGUAGACAUAUAUACGGCAUGUGGAUUCUCAGGCCCCGGUUGUAUUAGGGGUGGAAGGUUUUGUGGGUAUUAUGAUGAUGAUGAUGAUGUGUGUCUAUUCUUUCCGCUCGCCCGGCGCCGUGCGUGCGUACGAUGUAACGAACGAGUGGCGGCUUCUGUGCUUGUUUGUUCUGCCCCCUCCCCCUGAGUGUAUUACCUGGUAACAGUAACACACCGUGGGGAGGUGGGGACGUCAGUAUGAUACCAAGCACACGGCGUCCUCUGCUCUUUCAGCUCGACUAUUGGCAUUGGUGCUCCUUUGGAAAAUACAUAAAUAAAAGCGCCUCUUGUCCUGGCCCCCCAGGACUGACCGGUGUCCAGUAGCCCACUUGUCUAUAAUCAGGUCACUCUGAAAUGUUUACAAAGACAAAAAGGAACUAAUAUAAGAAAAUAUGCAAACUCCCUUUUUGCUGUCUUGCCAGGGGAGUACAGAAUGAUUCUACACAGAAAUUCCAAACCUCCAAGGUGGGUUUUUAUUGGGCAGAAAAAGGAGCACCUGUGACCACAGGUGUUUUUAUUUAAGGAUGAUUUUAAAGCUGUGAUGACGCUCGCACAGAUACAGUAGGGUUGUUUUAGAAUCGCAUGGCUUAGCAGCGAAAAAGAAGAAAAUAAUGCUUUAGGAACUGUUUUUCCUGUUGUUGUCAGACGCGCGUGUGUGUGUGUGUGUGUGUGGUACAAGACAAACCCGUGUACCACAGGGCUCUACAUUGUAAGCGACACAAGGGUGUCUGGUGGAAAUACAGCAGGGCUAUCGACUCCAUGUGACUACACCACGUUGCACUGGAUUCUGUCAGAGCCAUAUCGUGAAGAGAGGGAGAGAGAGAAAGUUUGACUAAUCGUCCUCAUGCUCAAAUGAAGUGCACUUCAGCAAAGGUGCCUCAGGUUCAGUAAAAAAUAAUGACGUACUGUGAACAGAGAUACAAUAUAGUUUUAAUGAACAAAGAGGGGUUUUUUAUUAAAGGAAAAAUGAAUCCUAGAAGAGCACAAAUCUGGAUGAAAACGACCCAAACACUUGAUGUAUUCUUCCGUCGUUGAUGUAAAGCCCUGUCCUCGCGUCUCCACUCGACCUAAUCUCAUCACUGCAAGUUCUCCUCACGUCUCUCAUCGCUCUGUGUCACCAUGACGACCUUCUCUCUCGUAGAUGGUCCGCAGCUUGUUCCCCCAGCAUCAUCGUCACCGCUCACCCUUUAAAUAGACAGAGGGAAACGUCAGGUAACGUCCUCACACGUGUUGUGUGUGGUUUUUUGCCUGCGCGUGUGUGUGUGUGUGUGUGUGUGUGUGUGUGUGUGUGCAUCAAAGUGAAGGGCCCUCGUCACGUGCUCUGCUUCUAACCUUUUGCAAAUGGAGGGUCGCUCAUUUCUCUGUUCUGGUUAUUUUUGUGAGGACAAAGCGAUGUAGUGUUCUUUGUAUCCACAAUAGCUUUAACCCCCUUUCGCUCGCUAGCAUUAUUACACUAGUAGGAAAAGAAACAUAGAAGUGGGGCUCUCGUGUUUAAAUCCAUGUAUCGCGUGUGGAUCAUAGACACAUUAGCUUUAUGAUGCUAAAAGCAGGGUUGACGAUGUUGACGAGGGAAUCCUGCAAGAUUUGUUCAAAUUAGGGUUGUUUUUCUACCUUUACUAAGCUAUAUGAUAUACUCUAUAUUCUUAAUAUGAUCGCGUUCAGGUUAUGAACUUGCAGGAUUCUGUGACAGUAUUUUCCCGUCCUCUCUAAUGUACAAAGAGGGGAGUUCAUUGAAUCCUCCCAAACGUCGUCAGUCAGCCCUGCUUGAGUGUGUCUCCAUAAGCCACAGCACACACAAAGCUGCAGCCUCAUGAGAGGGGAAUCACUCUUACGUUUCACUUACAAGUGCGAUAUAUAUUCUGUUUUCUAUCAGUUUUGCGCUGACAGAGAAGAGGUUGAGAAACGGGCGAGAACUACUCGUGUGUUUAAACCAGCGUCUGAGAAAAUAAGAAGAAAUCGAGAUAAGAGAAAGAAAGGUAGACACGCUGGUGAGGAAAUCCAGAUCCAGAUCCAGAUCCAGAUCGAGACGUGACUCACAUACUGUUGGAGUCAUUGAUUCAAAUGAGUUGAGCCCCUGUUUGAAAUCACUGUCACAUUUUUUUAUCUGGUGUCCAAUUAACAGCUUUGCCACUCUAAAAGGCUCCUCCUACCUCUGCUUGCAGGCUCCGCCCACUUCACUUUUGAAAGUUUUUGUGACACAUGACGUUUCUGAUUUCUUGUAAAGCCUGCAUGUCAAAAACUUUAUUUUUUAUUUUUGUUGGUAUUAACCUGCAUGUGGUGAGAGAAAGAGCCCCCGCCCCCUCUGACGUGGCGUGGCUUCAGCGACUUGUGAGGUUCUCGGCUUCUUAACUGCACCCGCAGGAUAACUUGCAUGUGCUGGGUCAAUGAAAGAAGAAAUAACACCGGCUUCUGUCGCUUUGACUAAUCGCAGGUGUCGUGGACUGGGGCUGUCACCUUUUGAACCUUACAAAUGUCCACCAGAGGGUGCUGUGAGCACAGCCCCGCAGUGACCAAGAAACUUGAUUUUUUUGGGGUGGGGGGUUAAAAAGUGACAGUCUCAGCUGCUGACCAUGUGAACAGUUUGCUGACCCUCAUGUUUGUUCCCUUCAUCCCUGCUGUCGUUUACAGUAGUUCCGCGCAGACGGCGAGGUACCGACACAAGGGCCCCCGCCCCCGCCGCCGCCGCUGAUUGAGUUUGCCUGAACAAAAGUUAGCGUCACACACUAUUUAGACUUUAAGAUUAUUUUUAAAAGUGACUUUAAUCACUAAUUUAGAUAUUUGCUGCUGCUAAUGGAAGCCAGUAUCUCACAAGACCAUGAGUUGACCACAGGCUGUGAUUGGCUAUAAUCAAAGCCUCCAAUGAGACGCCAAAAGGAGAUGGGGGAGGGGGGAGUUUUGUCUUUCUCUCAGUGUAAAUCACAAGCUUUUUUUUUUAUUUUGUUGUUGUUUUAGUUUAUUAUUUACCUAAUCUGUGCACUUUCGUUAUAUAGGAUUAUAACAGGCUAUUAUUAACCUCUAGGAAAGCGUGGUAGUGCUAUGGUUUGUGAGUAAUUCAGUAUAGAUUAUAAAGACACUACAGGAUUAUUAUACGUCCUCUCGAAUAAUCCGACUAUUUUACUCCAGUAAAAGGGCUUCACAAACCACAGACCUACUGCUGAAAAGCUUCAUCCUCAAGAUGUUAUCCAUGAAAUGAUCGUUUUUAUGUUACAUUGUUAUUGCUGUCUGUUUUCCUUUUAUGUUUAUGUUUGUUCGACUGCCAUGUUGUACACACACACAAAAAAAAAAUCCAGGGUGAUCAAAUUCUGGGGUUUUUUCAUGUAUUUAUUAUUCCUAGGAAUAGUUCGAAAUAAACACAACAAAACUUGACGACGCCCUGACUUCAGAAAACAGGGGGUAAGUUGCAUUUUUUGGGGGUGAAAAGCGACGACGACGACGACGACGCGAUUUUCCCAGCUUCUUACCAAGGGCGUUCCACUGAUACGGGAUCACUGACCUCCAGAAUUCUCUGCAAGUGCGACCAUUAAAUUCCAAAUUGGAAUUGUUUCAUUCUCUCUUUGUUUAUCGUGCCAAAUCUUGGUGCACCGUUUAGGUCGAAACAGAAAAAGAAGACAAGCCGCCACUAAACAGACGGGUGUGAUUCCGGGGGGUUUUGUGUUUUUUUUAAGUUCUUCGUUUCUGACCAGUAGUGCCUUUCAUUGUUUCAAGGGAGAAUUUUAGACCUAGUGUUUUGUGUUUUGGUGUUUUUUUAUAGGCGAGGACCUCGGGGGUUCAAAAAUGACUGUGAGCAGCAAUAAAAGUGCAAAAAAAAGAAAGAAAUAAAAAGGGGGUGGGCAUUUCCGCCCCUUUUCUGCACGCGCGAGAUGAUAGUUUUGAAAUUAGCUCAAUAAAAAGUGAAAUUGUGUUGAAUUCUGCAGGUCAGUGAUCCACUCAAUAAAUUCAGGGGUUAUUUAAAAUGUUUUUCCCUUUGGCCUCCUGUUAUUGAACAAAAUGCUCCAAGCAUCUAUGGUGUGUCGGGGUAGAUCGGUGUACUAUUGGAAGCAUCUACGUAUCUCUAGCUUUGUUUGGUGAAGGUAAUGUGAUAACAAUAGUAUUGUGGAAAAAAAUAAAUGUGCAGAGAGCGCAUUUUAUCUUUUUCUUUUUGUCUAUUUACUUUUUUUUUUUAAAUAUUAUUAUUGAAUCUUUUAUUAUUUGUUUUUUUACACAUCUUUGAGCAUUAUAUGUUUUCAGGAAACAGAAAACACACAGAAAAAUAGGCAUCAACAAGCUUGAAUAGUGCCAUGACAGCCAAUGCUUGUUUGUUGAGGCGUUAAAAGUUACCAAUACGGACGAGAAGCUAAACAAAAUAAAGAAAUAAGUGCAAUUCAGAUACAGUUUUACAUUAAAAAGAAAAGAAGAGAAAGUUUUCUGUUUGCUGGAAGCGAUAGCGUCGUCAUAUUAAAACGAUUUAGCUGCGCAAACUUGAUAUUGUCAUAUUGUUGUUUUCAGUAUUGAUCCAUGCGGAGAGUUUGAUAUGUUUAUAUGAAAUAACGGUUUCACCUGUACGUUGGUAUUUAUUUGAAUUGUCAUGCAGUACUGUAUUCUUAUCAAUAAUGUGCAUUAUGAUUAGUGGCAUAUUGAUUACAGCUAAAAUGUCAUAUGCAUGUUUCUCAGUCAUGGGACCUUUACACAGAAGUGAAAAACAAACAUGUCAAACAUUUGUCAGGGUGUUAACAUUGUUAUUAUGAUUAUUCUUAUUAAGAAAGAGAAAAACUGAGGAAAAAAAACCUAAGGAAAAGUCUGAUGUAUUACUGCUGAAUUAAUCCUACAAGAGUGUUUUUGUUUGUUUUCCAGUAGGGAGGAGGUAUCUCUGUGUAAAGGUAGUCAUACUGACUAAAAACAAAAAAAAAUCAAUAAAAAAAUGAAUUAAGUUUAAA